AAAUCCCGCAGCACUUGUUGUGUCUUGUGGUCAUUUUGGAGCCAGAUAAGCGUUGACGGAAGACACUGGAUUUAUUUUUAAUACAUUAGUGAUUUGCAGGAUUUAACAGUACUUUCUCUCAUAUAGCCUAUAUACCAAAACAUUACUUUUCUGAAAUACAUUUGAGUUUUGUCGCCUGCGCAUAGCCGUCGGACUGGCCUAUUCGGCAUUGUUUUUUGGGGCGACUGUUAUCCAGCAUAAUAGCGAGACAGAGGAAGAGCACUUAUUCCACGAGCCUCUUUAGCCCGAACGGACAUAAAUCGAGGAUAACAUUCGUAAUUACAACCAUUUACGCAACCAGAUAAAGGUGGAGAGUCACGGAUACGUCUGGUAUCCAACAACAACCUUCAGCCUAUCAUUAUUUUAUUUUGGUGAUCUUAUACCGAGAAAAUUACCGUCCGUGUUCAUGCCAGAUCUGCAGCGCUUUAGUUUUCCAUACCAUAGUAUGAAUCCUUUGUUAGAGGCGAACUCGCUUCUCCAACAUCAACAGCAGCAGAACCAAGGAGGACAGAGUCAUCCCGAUUCCCCCUCAGGCCUUCUGCCCGAAUCCGUCUUCGGCUCGCUCGACCCGACGUCUUUCUUCCUGGGCGACCAUCCCGGACUGGGCUCGGAGACUCAGCCAGGGUUCGAUUUCACCACACCCUCACAAGCUUACCUGCAUCUAAACCACUCUUAUCACCGGUCUGUGCCCCAACCUCCUGCAGCGAUGGCCCUGAGGAACGACCUGGGCUCCAAUAUCAGUGUCCUAAAGACUCUGAACUUACGGUUCCGAUGCUUUCUGGCCAAAGUGCAUGAACUUGAGCGAAGGAAUAAGAUUUUGGAGAAACAACUACAACAGGCGUUGGAUGCGAAGAACAGCUGUGAUGGGGGUUGUUCUGAAAGCGCUAGACGGGCCCAUACCCAAGAAACAGGUGUACAGACCGGGUUUGUGGGAACUAUCCCUCUCAGGCCCGGGUCACUCCCGUUCCAAAACACCAACAACUCCGCGAGACGACCCACUACCCUCUUCACACCUGCCCUCAACACUGUCUUCACGCUUGAGUCCAACAACAAAGCUGGAACAAACCCCACCGAGCCGAAUCAGAAUCCGACCAUCACGGUAAGCCAAUCAACCCCGACAAUCGACUCUCCAGCCGGGUCCAAUUCAAUCACCAACGGGAAAACGGUUUUUAGUACAGGCACUGGAACCCCCACCAACCCGCCUCCCCGGUUCCUCCCCGGUACUAUCUGGUCCUACAACCAUACCCGCAAGCUCGGUUCUGGCGUGGAGACGCGCGUCACCAGCCCCGGUGUGUCCUGGGUCCAGCCGGACGGGGUCGGGGUCCAGAUUGAUACCAUUACCCCGGAGAUCAGAGCCCUGUACAACGUCCUGGCCAAAGUCAAGAGGGAGAGAGACGAGUACAAACGCAGGUGGGAGGAGGAGUACACUGUCAGAGUGGACAUGCAGCAGAAGAUGGAAGACCUACAGGAGGACCUCCAGGAGAGCGAGGGCUGUCAGGAUGAGUUGGCUGUCAGAGUGCAGCAGCUGAAGUCUGAACUGGUGCUCUUCAAAGGCCUCAUGAGCAACAACAUGUCUGAUCUGGACAGUAAGAUCCAGGAGAAGGCCAUGAAGGUGGACAUGGACAUCUGUAGACGCAUCGACAUCACGGCUCGCCUGUGUGACUUGGCCCAGCAGAGGAACUGUGAGGAUGUCAUCCAGAUGUAUCAGGUCCCUAACACCCAGUCUGCCAUCAACUGUCGCCCCCGGAAACAGACCCCGCUGUCCGUCAACAGUAGUGAGGGUGAUGAGACUAUCAGCACCUCGGAGAGCGAUGGGGGCCUGCCCAGAGAAGAGGAGCUCUGUGGCUCGUCAGCCAAUCAGAUCAAUGAGGAAAUGCAGAGGAUGCUCAACCAGCUGCGGGAGUGUGAGUUUGAAGAUGACUGUGACAGCUUGGCCUGGGAGGAGACAGAGGAGACUCUGCUGCUGUGGGAGGACUUCCCAGGAUGCACUCUGGCUCCAGAGACCACCCACCAGCCAGGAGAGCAGGAAGACCAGUGUCUGGAGAAGGUGAUUAAUGACACUGAGGACUUAUUCAAAUCCAGGGAGAAAGAAUACCAAGAGACCAUCGACCAGAUUGAGUAUGACUUGGCUACAGCUAAGAGUGAUAUGAACCGUCACCUACAUGAAUACAUGGAGAUGUGUUCUAUGAAGAGAGGCCUGGAUGUGCAGAUGGAGACCUGCAGGAGACUCAUCACCCAGAGUGGGGACAGUAAGCCUGGCUCUCCUGUGGCUGUGGCUGGUGAGGAGAGCGUUGACCAGGCUGAGAAAGAAGGGACAACAGCGUCGCCUCCUCUCUCCAACUCUCCUCCCAGAUCAUGACCUAUCAAGACCACCUCCAUCACAUGACCGUCAUUCCAUCCAACCACAGCACCACUCAACCCUCCGCCGUCACUAUUGCAACGCCAUGUUUACAUUCUAACCACUAGAUUAGUCUAUUUUUAAUUUUCUUCAAGCUAUCUUCAUUCACAAGCCUCAAUAUAGGAACGUGGCAGAUCAAUCUGUUUUAGCGAGGGUGUAAUGUUGUGUUUCCAACAGCUUUUAGUCCCCUCUACUGGAAAGUGGUAUUACUAGCACCAUGGAAGUCUGUACAUAAGAACCCACUGUUUAACAGAGCAAAGGUAACGAGGUAAUGGAUUGAAAUACACAACUUGAAUUGAGAAUACCUCAUAGAAACAUAUGAGCAAUAUUUGAAUGAACUCAUAUGAGUUGUAGGCUAGCGUGUACUCUUAAGGUAGUUGUUGGUACUACAGAGAACCAUGGUAAUAACUCCUAUAGCAUGAUCCAUUUCCACACAGCCAUAAUGAUAAACACACCACACACCAAUACAUUCAUGUCAGGCUAGCAUAGCAGAUCAUUCUAACAGUGUGCUGUCCUGUUGCAACAUUAUGAGUGUUGUUUUCAAACUCACCUAGAAGUAUAACACAGUAAAUAUAAGCCUUAGGGUGUGUUCGUAAAUUCACUGGAGUGCCAGAGUGCGCUCUGGGCGUUCGUAAAUUCAAAGCGUUGUCAGAUUGUCCGUUCGUAAAUUCGGAGUGUUUCGCUCCGGCCGAGGAGUAGGGUUGAUCCGAGCCUUCUGACCUCACAACGGCAGUCAAGCACCCAAGCUAACAGACUAACGUUGGCUAGCUUGCUAGCUUCUUCCAGACAAAAAUGAGAGAACACCGCACUCUGACCAUUUUACUCAUUCUAGCAGAGCUGGUUAGGCUGUUUUUGUUAUCCAGAGUGUUGGUGACUGUAACUGUGAUGCUGGCAACAAUGUAUGUGUGUUGAGCGUUAGUAAAUUCAUCAGAUGAGCGUGCUCUGAAAUCGGACUAGAUAGCCAGAGAAAAUGUACAAAGCAAAGCCCAGUUGGCAAGAGAGAGAAACUCCAGAUGAAUCACUUUAUUAGCAACAAAACAGAAAUAUAACGUUACUGUACUGUAUCAUAGUUAUUCAAACGGACUAAAAUAAUAUCAAAUCACUAAUUUUAUCAAGACAUCUACACUUCAUUCAUAUGUAUCAAUGAAAACUAGAAAAAAGUCAAAUAGUAAACUAAACUCUAAGAUGCAGUCACUCAGAUGGCGACAAUGAUAUCCCUGCCCGUCUCUCUGCCCUUUUGUUGACACCAGACAGGUUGUCGUGGUAACAUUAUUUUACCGUCCUGUUUCACUUACCUGGUAUUUACUAAGGAAUUAUUGGAUAACAUUGUGUAACAUUGUAUUCUUUCUUCAACACAACUGGUACUAAAUGUUACAUAGUGGUGCUUGUUUCACUGAAUCCCAAAGAACCCCAAAAGUAGUUUUAUUGUAAUUAUAAUGUAAUACCAUUUUACUGUGUCUAGUAAAUGGCAACUAUGGUGAGAAAAGUUCGCUAGAGCACAUAAUGAUCUGGGACCAGGCUAGUCAUAGGCUCUGUGUCGGCUCUAUAUGUGGUAGUUAGUGUGAAUAGUGUAAAUACUCUGUUAAAGCUGAUCUGAGGUCAGCUCUGGGGCCUUGCCCUGAUCUCUGUGUGUCUCUGUCACUGACACAGGGAGAGGGAUACAUAUGACAAAGGGCAUUGACACCCAAGUGUUGUUACACCUACGAGCUGUAUUGUAUACUAAUGUUUUGUUUAGUUUCCAGCAGCAGAGAGCAGAGGAAGUCCCUGCUACUCUGUCCUCCAGCAGGGAGAUGAGUAGGCUCGGAUAUGAGAAGUUAGAUAGGAGAGAUUUGUGUAUCUGUUCUGUACUCUCUAUUUCUAUGUGAUGUAGUCUGAUCUGGUUGGUAAGGACUCAAAUGCAUCAGUAGUAUUGUAUCAGAGAGAAAUGGAAGAUUGAUGAACAGGCUAUAAAAGACAGAAUAUCCACAGAUGAACAAAUAGACAGACAGACAGACAGAUGAAUGUACAGUACGGAUAGAUAGACAGAUUAAUGAAUCGAUGGAUAGAAUGAUGACCUGCUGAGAUAAUUUAUGUUUGCUACUUGAGUGUCAAAGCAACUGAAAACAAGCAAUCUGAAUUAACUUUGAGAAAUGUUGCUGAAACAUUGUUAUAGAAGUACUAAAUAAUGAUGCUGAAAAGCUAUCUGACACGGUGCUUGAUAUGGCCUAACCUAUUUUUGAGCUUAAAAGUUAGCCGUUAUAAAGAAAGAGCAAAGCAAAUAUGUAUAUUCAAUAAUACAGCAGUAAUAACAGUAUUAAUGUAACAGAAGAAUAAGAAUGAUAUGUACCAAUGUAGGAUCUUAAUUUGAUCACUUUUGUUGCUGAGAUUAUUCCUGUUCUAAAAAGGCUUCUAAAGUUUGUAAUUACCACUUUGAAAUUUCAGACUUGAUUUUCCCUAAUGAAAAAUGCAUCAACCCCUACAAAAUUGGCCAUUAAUUAUAAUCCACGUAAUAAAUCACAUUUCCUGUUGCUGCAGAAUUUUUUCCUGCUGUAGCAAACUGGCUCAAAUUAAGAUUCUACAUCUGUAAUAAUUUGAACUUGUACACGUCACGAAUGUAAACAAUUAUUGAAGGAAAACUUAUUUUAUUUUCUCCACUUGUCACUUCAUGUUUGUAGAUGUGGCAAAAUAGUGAAAUUGUUAGAGCUGAGGAGUAGAUUUCCUCUCUGUUAAUUCAUCAUACACUAUGUUAUUAUACAGUAGAAUGUAGAUGUACAAUACAAUUUUGUUCCUCUUCCUUGACAUUGAAAUAUGCAUUACUUUGAGCAUAAAACACUCGCUUACCUCAGAUUAACAAUAUUUAAUAACUCUUUACUUUGAGUAUUAAACACUCUCUUACCUCAGAUAUACAAUAUUUAAUAACUCAAUAAUAGAACACAAGGAUUCCUUCACAAAUACUAUCUCUUUAUCAACAACCAAAUGGAGGCUUCAGUUUAGUUCAUUUCAUUUGUGUUUCUUUCUUUUUCUUGUUUGAUGAGGAAGAUGUUUAAUCAGGUGCCGUCUGCUCAAUAUUCUAGUAUUGUAGAAGGGUUUCCAAGGCUUUCUCUGAACGAUUAUAUAGGUUGUGAAGAACGGGUUUUGGAACCAUGAAAAAAUGAUAUGCAUGUCUUAAGCUAUGUAUUGGUUAUGCCAUUCCUUGGGCGUUUCUCCUGACCACAUGACCUCGGUCCUAGACCUGGGUAUUCAACUCUUACACUACAAGAUCCGGAGCCUGCUGCUUUUCUGUUCUACCUGAUUUACUAAUUGCACCACCUGGUGUCCCAGGUCUAAAUCAGUCCCUGAUUAGACGGGAACAAUGAAAACAUGCAGUGGACCUGGCUUUGAGGUCCAGAGUUGAGUUUGAGGGUGCUGUGCUAUAAUGCUUGGGUUUUUUCUGCUCGGGUCAUAUGGCCAGUAAAACUCCUGGCCCCAGCGUUCCUGCCCUUUGGCCAGAACUGGAGAAUAAAAUGGAGAAUAGAAGGCAGCGGAGAAAUAGUGAGAAUAUGUUUUUCUUUGUAUAUUUUACUACACGCACAGAGAGACUGAGUCUCUGCAGUAUGUAUGCAUGAGUCAGCGUGUAUGUUUAGGAGAGUGUUCUAAUGUCCUUGGUUUUUAAAAAGAGUUUUACUGGUUCACUUACAACAUGAAGAAUACAAUAGUCCUAAAAUUCACACUGUCUUCCAGUGUCUGUCUGACAAUAGACCAAUUCAUAUCCUCUUCACAACUGAACUGAAGGCUAACGGUAUAACUGAAUCAUUGUAAACUAGAGUGGUAGGGACCAUACAGUGAUGUGUUCUGCUGACUGGAUUCCCAUCUCUACAAAUCGCCUUGAAAUACUGUGUAUAUAUAUAUAAAUCAAAGAUGUACAAUAAUCGCUCUAAUAUUCCAACAAUAAUCCACUUUCUUCAUGAGUGUAUGUGAUUACAAAGUAAAUUCUUUUUAAAAAUGGCACCAAAGUGUAAAAAAAAAGAAAGAUUACUACUCAAAUGCUUUAACAUAAUGAUGGUAUGAUUGCUAUGAUAUUGUAUGCAUUAAAGGAAAACGCUAUGUUGGAUAUAUUGUAUGUUUAAACACUGGCAAUGCAAGGAGGUCCACAGUCAAAAAUACUUAGUGUCAGGUUCCCGGAUUUGGCACAUAGCUGAACUUUUAAUGUGGAUGGAGAUAUUUGAUUGGUCCUUAAUAUUUCUCGUAGACCAGGAGCCAAUGCUCUUGCUCUGUGAGGACCAGUGUAUUCUCUGGUCCAUAUAUUUUACCAUCAACUAAUUCCAUCUGGCCUGAGUAAGCUAGCAUGCAGGUGAAUAGACUGAGUUGUCAAUGAGAAGACUGUUAGGAAUCACCAGGGCCUCAUUUAUUAAGCAUCUGCACCAGUGCCAUGUUUACACCUGCUCGGUUUAAAAGGGAACGAGUCAUAGAACAAAAGGUCAAGGGACAAGUAAAGUCUGUUUUCUGUUUCUAACUUUGUAUCUCAUCUUAUAAUUUCCUCCGAAAAGAGCAAGUGUAAACAUUGCACUGCUUGGUAAAUCAGGCCUUGGUUUUUGUUUUGGUUGUUUUGAGUUCUGUGACACUGGACUGUCCCCUUGAACAUGUGUGCUUCAUCACAGAGCUCUGUGUACUGACAGAGAGUUCAACGCAGAGCUCUGUGUACUGACAGAGAGUUCAACGCAGAGCUCUGUGUACUGACAGAGAGUUCAACGCAGAGCUCUGUGUCCUGACAGAGAGUUCAACGCAGAGCUCUGUGUACUGACAGAGAGUUCAACGCAGAGCUCUGUGUACUGACAGAGAGUUCAACGCAGAGCUCUGUGUACUGACAGAGAGUUCAACGCAGAGCUCUGUGUACUGACAGAGAGUUCAACGCAGAGCUCUGUGUACUGACAGAGAGUUCAACGCAGAGCUCUGUGUACUGACGGAGAGUUCAACGCAGAGCUCUGUGUACUGACGGAGAGUUCAACGCAGAGCUCUGUGUACUGACAGAGAGUUCAACGCAGAGCUCUGUGUACUGACAGAGAGUUCAACGCAGAGCUCUGUGUCCUGACAGAGAGUUCAACGCAGAGCUCUGUGUACUGACAGAGAGUUCAACGCAGAGCUCUGUGUACUGACAGAGAGUUCAACGCAGAGCUCUGUGUACUGACAGAGAGUUCAACGCAGAGCUCUGUGUACUGACAGAGAGUUCAACGCAGAGCUCUGUGUACUGACAGAGAGUUCAACGCAGAGCUCUGUGUACUGACAGAGAGUUCAACGCAGAGCUCUGUGUCCUGACAGAGAGUUCAACGCAGAGCUCUGUGUACUGACAGAGAGUUCAACGCAGAGCUCUGUGUACUGACAGAGAGCUCAACGCAGAGCUCUGUGUACUGACAGAGAGUUCAACGCAGAGCUCUGUGUACUGACAGAGAGUUCAACGCAGAGCUCUGUGUACUGACAGAGAGAUGGAAUGAAGAAUAAAAGAUACAGCUGAGCAAUA